AGCACACAAGGCAAUAAACAAGGCACCGCCAGGGUGAAGCGAGAUGGCGGAUUCCACGGCCAGCGGAGCUGAGACAGGCGGCAAGGGAGAGGCUGAACUGUCCAAGAUGGACGCAGGCGACGUCCCUGUGGCCAAAGAUUACGCCUUUGGCGACAUCGUGACGCUGAAUGUUGGCGGGAAGAGGUUUUCUACAUCCAGACAGACCCUUUCAUGGGUGCCUGACUCUUUCUUCUCCAGUUUGAUGAGUGGACGAAUACCGUCUCUAAGAGACGAGACAGGAGCGAUCUUUAUUGAUCGAGAUCCGGAGGUGUUUGUGCCCAUACUGCACUACCUGCGGACCAAGACGGUCAACUGCAGACACAUAGACCUCAAGACACUCAGACACGAGGCAGAGUUCUACGGCGUGCUACCUCUAGCGAAACGGUUGGGAGUAUGUGAGGAAGCCGAGACAGGGAACUGUGGAAAUAUCCUCUUCUACAGCAUGCUCCACCCUCCAGUUUUUGAGCAAUCCACUCCUCUGUCUGACAGCCUUCCACUCCCGAAACUGGGAUCCAAAGUCGAUUUCUCCAAGCAAGUCAUCCAGCUGACUGGCCAUGGGAACUAUCUAGCGGUGGCCUACAACCACUGCAUAUGUGUUCUAGGUGUGAAAGAGUCUCGAGGAUGGGAAGUGGUGUUCACCAGUCCACUACUGGACAAACCUCCACAGAGAAUAGCUCUCCGCGUCAUGGGCCACGGGGUUCCCAGAGGACCUCUCCUGGCUGCUGCACUCGGGUUUGAGGUGAAGGUCUGGAGCUGCCUUCCACAACCAAGAGCUCUGGCGUCAUUUGAUAUGAAGAUCCCGGUGGACGGCCUGUUCUUCACUGGAAUACAGCUGGUCACCAUCAGCAACACUGGCAGAGUCGCCAUAUGGCAGAGCGUCCAGCAACACUGGCAGCAACAAGAGGUUGCACCUAUCUGCAGCUACGACACUGGGGCCUCCUUCCUCCUCCUCGGCUGUUCGAAUGGCUGCAUCUACUACAUAGAUAUGGAGAAGUUUCCGGUAAGGAUGAAGGACAACGACCUCCUGGUUACGGAGAUGUUUGAAGACCCAAACAAAGACCCCAUCACGGCCCUCAGCAUCUUCUACCAACCAAACCACUUUUCCAGCUCAGACGAGAACUGGAUGGAGGUGGCGUACGGGACACAGUCGGGGAGAGUGGUGGUGGUCGUCCGACACCCGGAGAACAUUGGCCACGCCCCCCAGGUCUUCCAGAGCUACCACGUCCACACCUGCCCCAUUCUGAGAGUGGUCCUCGGGGAGAAACACCUCAUUUCAGUGUGUGCAGAGAAUCACGUACGGUCGUGGACUGUUACGAGGUUCCGGGGGAGAAUUUCCACUCAACCUGGCUCCGUUCCCAUCUCAUCGUUCAAGGUUCUCUCGCUGGACGGGCCGCAUUCCCUCUUCUACCCCAUCAACUCUAUUGGACCGUUUGGGGAUUUAGACGAGGAGCAAGUGUUUGUGCAGCGCAUCAUCCCUGAGACUGAUACCAUAUUUGUUCGCCUCAGCUCAGACGGAAAAAGGUAACGAACGAUCUCUAUUAGUGCACUCUGAAUAAUUAUACCUGUAAUAGCGAUCAUUAGCACAAUUAAUGCUUUGUUAGCGUUUGCAGACUUGAUUCCUUUGACUUGGCCUGGCAGUCGCGUCUCUGGCCAUUUUCAGCAGUCGAUUCGCCUGUUUUUCUGCAUCUAGACUCGCUGGAGCCUCGUUUCCAUGCCAAAUGGGAGCAAUUUAGCACGUAUUGUUUUGGCGCGGGGCUCUGUUAGCUUUGUAAAUUUCGCAAAUGAGUGUCCUCUUAUCCACACACACACACACACACACACACGCAGAGUGUGUGUGAUAAAGUCGGUGGACGCUAGCAACAUUACCACCUACUGUGUCCAUGAGUGCGAGGCGGCCAACAGGAUUGGCAUGAGGUCUCGCCGGUUCGUGUUCACGGGCCACACCAACGGGGCAAUACAGGUGUGGGAUCUCACUACAGCACUCGAGCUGUCCAAACACAAUCAAGAUCUAAAUUCUGGUGGUCCGACGCAAGAGGAACUGUUGGAACAGUUGCAGAAAUGCGACAUUAGUGCCUCGAGAGUGUCGAGUGUAGUUUCCUCGCGAGCUCCCUCUCCCUCCCCUUCCCUCAUGAGCAUCAUGUACCCCGGCCUGAAACCCCCCACCCAGGCCGCCAGUACCCCAACCGCCUUACUCCGUAAUCUCGGCCCCCUGCCACCCAACAACCUGUUUCAGCCAAUUCGACGCAACAGUGCCACUGGCUCCAACCUCUCUCUGAGCACAGCUGCAGUGCAAGUCGCCACACCACCGGUUCUGAAUUUACACGAAGACAGAUCUGAGAACGGCGAUAGGGCUGGGGGCGAGGAUGAUGGCGUUCUUCGACAACCACAGCCAAUAGCCGAAUAUACUAUUGCGGAAAGUGCUGAGAAUCAAAGAUCCGCGAGCGAUGACCGGCUGUCUAAUUCGGGUGUGGAGGCAGGCAACACAGAUGAUCCCGGUUGCCAGAGCCAGCCAAGACAGCAUCGUCUGGAGAAAGUAAAGCCCACGUCUGGUGCUGCCGGUCUGGCACACCAGAGAACUCGCUCCAAUGAAAUAGACUACAUAUCCGGGACUGUUCCUGCCAGGAGCGGUCCGAGUCGCGCCAGUCUACCGAGUCCCCCGGGGACCGGCUUUGGAAUCUCGAGGGCAUUUCGACCCGUCAGUGCUGGGGGCUCCACCAACAUGGACAGCACCUCGUUCUCGGAGGCAUUCUCGUACAUGUUGCUGCAGAGUCGCGACGGAUCCAGCGGGAGGAACCUGACGGGGAGUGAGUCAAGCAGACUCCUCCUGGAGAGCUCUCGGGUGAAGACCAGCGAGCAUAUCGCACGGGUUUCUAGUGAAGGUCAGCCAAUGUCGUUAUCAUCCUCGCCAUCACGGUUAAGCCCUGCUAGAUUGGACGGUAAUGUAGAACCGUAACUGAUUACUUGUCUUUGAAAAUUUUAUGCACGCUUCUUCUCAGUCCAGGUGAUUUUUGUCAUG